CCUAGUUCCUUAGCGUUCAUUACACCAUCUAAUUCAACCAAUCAACGACAGCUCCACGUGGCCAAGUCGAAGUAAAGAUCGCGACAACACCACACAGCCAUAAAGCAUUCCGCACUGAAUCCCAAGAAGCUUUAGUGUAUUCAAUCUCCCGAUGUCUUACUGGCAGUUCCUUUGCGUGGCGCUGCUUGCGCUUCUUGGCUCUGUACAGCUGGCGGCCGCCGACGAGGCCGCGUCCAACGUGAUCGUGCUGACUAACGACGACUUUGAGCACAAGACGCAAGCUGGCUCGGGAGCCACGACCGGGGACUGGCUCGUUGAGUUUUACGCGCCGUGGUGUGGCCACUGCAAGAAACUGGCGCCCAUCUACGAAAAGGUGGCGGAUGAUCUAAAGGGCGAGGUGAAUGUGGCCAAGGUGGACGUGACGGCCAACGCUGACCUGGGCAAGCGCUUCGGCAUCCGCGGUUUCCCCACGUUGCUGCACUUCAGCCACGGCAAGUCGUACAAGUACGCGGGCAAGCGCACGCUCGAGGAUCUCGCGGCCUUCGCGCGCGGUGGAUUUAAGAAGGUGGAGGGUGAAGUGGUGAACGCCGCCCCGAGCUUCCUGGACUUCGCCGUGCAGCAGGUGCACGACAUCAAGAGGGACUUCAUCACGUUGCUGGCCACCAAGAAGAACGUGCUGCUCGUGACCUUCUCGGGUGGCCUUCUGCUUGGUCUGCUGCUCGGCUGCAUGUGCGGCUGCUGCACGAGCCGUGGCAACAAGGCGCCCAAGACCAAGAAGGAGUAAGUCUGCCGUUGAAUAGUACAGCAGCUGAGCUGUUCGUAUGUUUCCACAUUUUUUAAUGGAGCUUUGGGCUGCAAUUUGAAAAAAAAAAAUUAUAUGUGUUGUUGUUCACAUUGCUUGAGCG